AUGUCAAAUAAUUUUUUUAAAUUUGAAAAUAAUAAUACAAUAACUUGUUUACAAAAAAACUGCACAUAUAAGUUUCGUGAUUCUAACAAAAAACACACUGCCAUUAUCGAACAUUAUAGAAGAAUGCAUAAAACUAUUUAUAAUGAAAUAAAAGCUAACAUAAAACCAUACUCAAAAACAAUUCAGCAAAAUCAUUUUAGUUCAAGAUUUAUAACUCAACAACCAACUUCACAACAAGAAAAUCAAACUCAAAAUACUAUACAGACAAGAGAAUGUAAUAAUAUUGUCGUUUAUAAUGAGCUUUUUUGUUUUCAUUAUUUUGUUGACAGACGUUACUAUAUUUUUAAAUUUUAUAAACUUAAAAAUGGGGGAUACUAUUUAAAAAUUUUUUGUAGUGGCGAUAUUAUUAAAAUUAUCGAUGAAAAAUUAGAUGAUUUUUCAUUUUCUUUUACAAUGAUUAAUAAUAAUAAUUUUAUUAAACUAAUCGAAGAUGAAUAUUUUUUCUUAGACGAUGAUGUAAAAAUUGUAAAGAUUUAUUUUAAAAAUAAUAUUAUUUUUGAAUCUGAUAUAAUUAGUUUAUUCAUUAGAUGA